AUGGACAAAAUAUUGUACGUCGUCUCGGCGACGCAUUUGAUUCUCUGCCCGUUCACCAAAGUCGAAGAGAGUUUCAACAUGCAAGCAAUGCACGACAUUUUGUACUAUAAGACUAAUUUAUCUCAGUAUGAUCAUUUAGAAUUUCCUGGUGUUGUACCAAGAACAUUUUUGGGUCCACUGUUCAUAUCAAUGUUGUCAUUUCCAUUUGCCUCUGUUCUUCAUUAUCUUCAGUUCAACAAAAUGAUUAGCCAAUUAUUAGUUCGUGCAGUAUUAAGUAUUGUAGUAGUUACAAGUAUCAAAUACUUUGUAAAAAGUAUUGCAAAGGUAUUUGGUAAUGGAGUUGGAAACUGGUUUAUAAUUUUAACAGCGUCACAGUAUCAUUUAAUGUUUUAUUCAAGUCGUCCACUCCCUAAUAUCAUGGCAUUUCCUUUAGUAAUGGUAGCACUGAGUUCUUGGAUUAGAGGAAAACAUACCUUAUUAAUAUGGAGUUCGGCAAUUGCUGUUUUAAUAUUCCGUUCAGAAUUGGUUAUUUAUUUAGGUAUUAUUAUACUGAUGGAGUUGUUAUAUAAGCGUCUUAAACUAUUCCGGGGACUAAAAAUUGGAUUUUUGGCGGCAACAACUGUUUUGAGUGCAAGUAUUAUAAUUGACUCUAUAUUUUGGGGUCGUCCACUAUGGCCUGAAGGAGAAGUAUUGUGGUUUAAUACAGUACUCAAUAGAAGCAGUGAAUGGGGUACUACACCAUUUUUAUGGUACUUUUAUUCAGCAAUACCGCGGGGCGUUGCAUUUUCUAUAUUGUUAAUACCCUUUGGUGUGAUAAACGAUGUUCGAGUAACGAGACUUAUAAUUCCAACAUUGAUGUUUGUAUUGAUUUAUUCAAUACUGCCACACAAAGAACUUCGAUUUAUUAUUUAUGUAUUUCCAGUUUUAAACGUAUCUGCUGCUACCUGUUGCAAUAGAGUAUGGCGAACUAGGUUUAGACCAAAAGGAUUCAAGAAUCUAAUUGCUCUUGUAUUCUGUGUUUGUCAUAUUAUUGCAAAUUUGGCUUUUACAGUAAUUCUAUUGAGUGCUGCAAUUAAAAAUUAUCCAGGAGGCCAUGCAAUGACAGUAUUGCAUACAUUUGAAUACAAUCAUCUAGAUGCUAAUUAUAGUAUACACAUUGACAAUCUUGCUGCACAAACUGGAGUAACUCGAUUUACACAACUCAGUGAUCAUUGGAUGUAUAGUAAAAAAGAAAAUCUGAAACCAGGAUGUGAAGAGCUUAUGUCGUUUACACAUUUAAUUGUUGGAUCGAGUAGCCGAGAUAAUGAAGAAAUGCUUCAUUACCGAAAUACUCAUGGUGUCAUGUCUACUGUACCAGGAUUUUCACAUAUUUCAUUUAAUUAUAAUACUUUUCCACCGCUCAAAAUAAAAACUAAAACACAAAUAUUUUUGUUGAAAAAAAAAAAUAUUAAAUCAGGUGUUAAGCAAAAUAUAAAGAAAAUUGUUGAAGAAUUCAAAAACGAACAAGAUUCUGAGAAAAAGAUUGAUUUAAACUUAGAUUUGUUAGACAAAAGUACUAAAAGAAAUAAAAUAAGCAAAAAAUAA